GCCUUUUCCUGUCCCCCACCCAGUGCUGGGAGCUGGGGCAGAGGCAAAGGCUGAACAGGAGCAGCAGGGUCAGGAACCAACCAGGGCCAACGGAGCCAGGGCCCCGGGGUGCUGCUGGGACCUGAAGCAGGGGCCAUGCUAUCUGGUGAACGGAAGGAGGGCGGAAGCCCCCGCUUCGGGAAACUCCAUCUCCCCGUGGGCCUGUGGAUCAAUUCUCCCAGGAAGCAGCUGGCCAAGCUGGGGCGGCGCUGGCCCAGCGCUGCCUCUGUUAAGUCUUCUUCUUCGGACACGGGGAGCCGCAGCAGCGAGCCGCUGCCCCCGCCGCCGCCGCACGUGGAGUUGCGGCGAGUGGGCGCGGUCAAGGCGGCCGGGGGAGCCUCGGGGAGUCGCGCCAAGCGCAUCUCCCAGCUCUUUCGGGGCUCCGGGACCGGGGCCACGGGGUCCGGCGGCGCGGGAGGCCCCGGGACUCCGGGGGGCGCCCAGCGCUGGGCCAGCGAGAAGAAGCUGCCAGAGCUGGCAGCGGGCGUGGCCCCCGAGCCCCCGCUGGCCACGCGCGCCACCGCGCCCCCGGGGGUCCUCAAGAUCUUUGGCGCCGGGCUGGCGUCGGGCGCCAACUACAAGAGCGUGCUGGCCACUGCGCGCUCCACGGCACGCGAGCUGGUGGCCGAGGCGCUGGAGCGCUACGGGCUGGCGGGCAGCCCCGGCGGCGGCCCGGGCGAGAGCAGCUGCGUGGACGCCUUCGCGCUGUGCGAGCUGGGCCGGCCAGCGGCGGGCGGCUUGGGCAGCGGCGAGUGGCGGUCAAUUCUUUGUCUAGUUAUAAUCUCCAGCUCUCUUUCCAGUCCCUGCCUCAUCCCUCCGUAUCUCUCCGCAGGCACGGGCGCCCCCUCGUGGCGGCCACAGAAGAACCGCUCCCGGGCGGCGUCCGGCGGGGCGGCGCUGGCCAGUCCUGGCCCGGGGUCGGGGUCAGGGCCCCCGGCUGGGUCCGGGGGCAAAGAGCGCUCGGAAAACCUGUCCCUGCGGCGCAGCGUGUCGGAGCUCAGCCUGCAGGGGCGACGGCGGCGGCAGCAGGAGCGCCGGCAGCAGGCACUUAGCAUGGCCCCGGGGGCAGCCGACGCCCAGAUCGGACCCACAGACCCUGGCGACUUCGAUCAAUUGACCCAGUGCCUUAUCCAGGCCCCCAGCAACCGUCCCUACUUCCUGCUUCUCCAGGGCUACCAGGACGCCCAGGACUUCGUGGUAUAUGUGAUGACGCGGGAGCAGCAUGUCUUUGGCCGGGGCGGGAACUCCUCGGCCCGCGGUGGGUCCCCGGCCCCAUAUGUGGACACCUUUCUCAAUGCCCCUGACAUCCUACCGCGGCACUGCACCGUGCGUGCGGGCCCUGAGCCCCCGGCCAUGGUGCGCCCAUCCCGGGGUGCCCCAGUCACGCAUAACGGGUGCCUCCUGCUGCGGGAGGCGGAGCUGCACCCUGGCGACCUGCUGGGGCUGGGCGAGCACUUCCUCUUCAUGUACAAGGACCCCCGUACUGGAGGCUCGGGGCCGGCGCGGCCGCCCUGGCUGCCCGCCCGCCCUGGGGCCGCCCCGCCGGGUCCCGGUUGGGCCUUCUCUUGCCGCCUGUGCGGCCGGGGCCUGCAGGAGCGGGGCGAGGCUCUGGCGGCCUACUUGGACGGCCGCGAGCCGGUGCUGCGCUUCCGGCCUCGAGAGGAAGAGGCGCUGCUGGGCGAGAUCGUGCGUGCUGCCGCCGCGGGCGCUGGGGACCUGCCACCACUCGGGCCCGCCACGCUGCUGGCGCUGUGCGUGCAGCAUUCAGCUCGGGAGCUGGAGCUGGGCCACCUGCCCCGCCUGCUGGGCCGCCUGGCCCGUCUCAUCAAAGAGGCUGUCUGGGAAAAGAUUAAGGAAAUUGGAGACCGUCAGCCAGAGAACCACCCGGAGGGAGUCCCCGAGGUGCCCUUGACUCCCGAGGCUGUGUCUGUAGAGCUGCGGCCACUCAUGUUGUGGAUGGCUAACACCACGGAGCUGCUGAGCUUUGUGCAGGAGAAGGUGCUGGAGAUGGAGAAGGAGGCUGACCAGGAGGACCCACAGCUCUGCAAUGACUUGGAAUUAUGUGACGAGGCCAUGGCCCUCCUGGACGAGGUCAUCAUGUGUACCUUCCAGCAGUCUGUCUACUACCUCACCAAGACUCUGUAUUCAACGCUGCCUGCUCUCCUGGAUAGUAACCCUUUCACAGCUGGGGCAGAGCUGCCAGGGCCUGGCGCAGAGCUGGGGGCCAUGCCUCCGGGCUUGAGACCGACCCUGGGCGUGUUCCAGGCAGCCCUGGAACUGACCAGCCAGUGUGAGCUGCACCCGGACCUCGUGUCUCAGACUUUCGGUUACUUGUUCUUCUUCUCCAAUGCAUCCCUUCUCAACUCGCUGAUGGAACGAGGUCAAGGCCGACCUUUCUACCAAUGGUCCCGAGCUGUCCAAAUCCGAACCAACUUGGACCUUGUCUUGGAUUGGCUGCAGGGGGCCGGGCUGGGUGACAUUGCCACUGAAUUCUUCCGGAAACUCUCCAUAGCUGUGAACCUGCUUUGCGUGCCCCGCACCUCCCUGCUCAAGGCUUCAUGGAGCAGCCUACGAACUGACCACCCCACACUGACCCCUGCUCAGCUCCACCAUCUGCUCAGCCACUAUCAGUUGGGUCCUGGCCGUGGGCCACCACCUGCUUGGGACCCUCCCCCUGCAGAGCGAGAUGCUGUGGACACAGGGGACAUCUUCGAAAGUUUCUCUUCCCAUCCUCCCCUCAUCCUGCCCUUGGGCAGCUCGCGCCUGCGCCUCACGGGUCCUGUGACGGACGACGCCCUGCACCGUGAAUUGCGCAGGCUCCGCCGCCUCCUCUGGGAUCUUGAGCAGCAAGAACUGCCGGCCAAUCACCGCCACGGACCUCCCGUGGCCACGCCUCCCUGAAAACCAAUAACAAACGAGCGCGCGAACCUUGAAAAUUCUUUGACUUCUACUCCCCGGAGACCGCCCGAGCUCAGAGUUCUCUGGGAGUUGUAGUUCUUUCCCCGCGUGGGAUGCCGGGAGUUUGAGUUUUCGGGUAGUAGAGGAUGGGACAGUGGGAAGAUGGGCUUGGGGCGUGAGCGCAAGGAGCAAUAAAGGUAUCUGUGGUAUCGGCAA